UUUCUGCAACAGUGAUACUGAAAACGUUUUGAUAUUCUGUUAUUUUAUGCAGUAGGCUAGGGUAGGCCAAUGACACACGUAUGUAGCCUACAGAAAACACUUAAAGGGAUAUUCCACCAUUUUUGGAAAUAAGCUAAUUUUCCACCUCCCCUCGAGCAAAACAAUUGAUAUUUACCUUUUUCCCAUUCAUCCAGCCAUUCUGUGAGUCUGGCGAUACAACUUUUAGCUUCAGCCUAGCAUAGAUCAUUGAAAUGGAUUAGACCAGUAGCAUCUCGCCUGCUAGCAUCAUGUUUAAAAGUGACUAAGAUUUCCGGUAAUUUUCCCAUUUAAAACGUGUCUCUUCUCAAGUUAGAAAGUGCAAUUAGACCAACUGAAAAUGAAACCUGGCGUUUUUCUAGGCUGAUUUGACAUGGAACUACACUCUCAUCUGGCGUAAUAAUCAAAGAACUUGCAAACUACUGGCACUACUACUGCUUGUUGUCUAUGGAGACUAUUUUCAGAUGCUGCGUGAUAUCACUGCGCCCAUGGUGCGUUUCCAAGUUGCCUUGAUAUGGCUGCCUUAUAGAAAUGUAUCAUACCAAUUCCAGACGGGUCAUGGCAAGCGCACCUCCAAUGGAGCCAAACUACUUGGGGCAGCCCCAGCCUCCAACGUAUGAAGAGACUAUGACUGCUCCUGUGUAUAACUAUGGUCCCACACCCCCUCCUCCUGUCUAUGACAAAAUGCCCCAACCAGCUUAUCCACCAACCUUUACACAACCAGCAUAUCCAUCUCAGGCAUAUAGCCAGAUGCACCCACAACAGUCAAAUGCAGCAGGAACAUCAGCUGUAGUGAACGUCCAGACUGUAUAUGUCCAGCCACGCAUGGUUUUGGGAGAUUUUCCAGUACACGUCCACUGCCCUGUAUGUGCCCAAAUGGUCCUCUCUCGUCUCAACCACAGCAGUGGAGUCCUGACUUGGCUAACCUGCUUCAGCCUCAGUCUUGUAGGUUGCAUUUAUGGAUGCUGCUUGAUUCCAUUCUGUGUGGACGGCAUGAAAGAUGUGAAACACAUGUGUCCCAACUGCAAUUCUUUGCUUGGAGUCUACAAGCGGCUGUGAUGCUCAUGCUUGGUAACAACUGUGUAUAAAAAAACUUUGAUUCGGUAUAAAAACAUUUGUACAUAUUAUAUUAAGGCCGGAGCUUUACUUAUUCUUUAGGGUUCUCCAAAAAGAUAUUCUAUAUUUGUUUAUGUUAAAAAUCUAUUUGUUUGUUCAUAAUUUAGAUUAGUUAGAUAAUAAAGGUGGAGGUUGUUUUCUCA